GUUCCGAGCCUCGAGCACCUUGACUCCCUUACUUUUCCUUCAUACCGCUCUCCUUCUCCAUGUCCCGCCCAUCCAUCAUCCUCCACGCCACCCCUCCUCUCCAUCCGCUUCCAGCCUCCGACGCCGAAUCGCUUUACUACGCGGCCCUCCUCCAGCUUGCGGCCCCCGAUGGCUGGGCUUUGACAAGAGGUGACUGGGGAGACAAUGGUGGCAAACUCCCAUUCAUAACCCAUCUCGCGCAUCCCGUUCCGCCUGCACACCUUUCUUCGUUACCGUCCUUCUCCGACCCGGAUGAAGAAUUGGAGGAUGGGGAAAAGCUAGAUGCGGCUUGCUGGAAGGCGUAUAUCGAGGGAAACGUUGUUGAUAUUGUCAACCACACAUACUAUUCCCUCCCGCCCAAUUACCCUUCCACCGUCGCCAAAUCCCAAUUCGCUGGUCUCCCGUUUCCUAUGAACCAAUAUAUCCCCCAGAGGAUCAGGAGCAUCGUCAAGAGUCGUUUAGAGUUUGUUGGCCUUUGGGGUUUGGGUGGAUUAAACGUCGGCGAUGCGGAAGAUGAAGAUAGGAAGAGACAGGAAGAGCAAUUCAUCAUCGGUCCGGGAGGCACCACUGCCCCUCGCGCAUGGACUGGGUGGAGGUCAGGUCAGGAGACGGACAAACGAAGGCGCAAAUGGGGUGAACAGCAGCUGGAACAGAAGAUCAAAGCCAUCUUUGAUCCGCUUGCGAGGAGGCUGGGCAAAAAGGCAUACUUUUUCGGCGAACGACCAACAACUGUUGAUCUUGCGCUUUUCGCUCAACUCGCAUUUGUUCUCACCCCUACUCUUCCCAAUCCCCUUCUUCCCAACAUCUUACGCUCAUCAUACCCUUCCCUCGUUGGGCAUCACGAUCGAUUACUCGAGCGACUCUUUUCAUCAUGGUCUACCGUCCCUAUGGCGGUGAGUCAGACCCCUGCGCGAACGACGUGGGGUGAGACGUUUGCCAGUUGGUUACCCGGUCCUUCAAGAUCUCGAACUCAACCCUCAUCUUCAUCCUCAACAGAUUCCAAGGAGAAUAGCAAAGGUGGUUCCCCAUCCAAACCGAAGACAGACAAGCAAAAAGCAUUUGAAAGAGGACGCUGGCUCUGGUUCGCAGGUGCGGCGGUGUCGAUGGUGACGUACUUGUUCGUCAGUGGGGUGAUUGCUUUUGAGUUUGGGGAUGAAGAAGAGGACGAGGAUUGGGUUGCUUAUGAGGAGGACGGGGAAGGAGAAGUGGGUGAAACGACCGUUUUGGAUUACGAGGAGGAAGAGUAGAGGUAGUAUCUGUAUUGUUACGGUACUAAUUUGUUGGAGGACCGAAUGUCUUCGGUAAUAAAAGACCUUUCCCUGGGACGCAAGGCGGUAAAACGAGGGAUCUCAAUGCAUUUACAUCGCAACCGU